AUGAUUGAGGAGGCAUUCGAGAUUCGAUCUACAAGAACAGUCGCCACUGCCACUGAACUAGAAGAUACAAUCGCAACAUCUAGCAAUACAAAUGACCUAGAAAACGAAAAAGCAUCGUCUCAAUUUGAAAAUCUACCAUCAUGCAUCAUAUGUGAUCUCGACCACGAUGAUAUCGUUUCAAAUCUACUUCAUCGAACAGAAUCUAGUGAUACAGACGAUUGGGAAACCGAUACUGAAUCAUUGUGCAGUGAUCCUGCUUCAACAUUAGACGUCUCUUCAUCGGCUAAAACAAAAUUCUCAUUGCCAGAUCUUAAAAUAUUCAUAGAUCAACUCAAGGUCUCAUUGGCAAACACAAAACAUGAAAUAUCAGAAAUGGUAUUUGAAACACCACAAGAAGAACAUUCUGAACGCUACUGGGCAUGGCGUCUUGAAAGAGCAAUAAAGUCGGUACAAUCUGAAAUUGAAAUGAACGAAUGUAAAUGA